GGAAAUCAUUUUUGACAUAAUAAUGAAACAUUUUAGAAUAAUAUGCGAUAAGUUUUGUGCCAUACAAGGACGUAACUUUUUUUUAAAAAUUGCUUGAGCGGCAUCAUGCAGCAGACGACACGGCGACGUCACACCAUUCACGUGACCCGCUCCGGCCAACUCGAAAAGCCCAUCUCCGCUGCGAGCAAAAAUCGUCUGCUUCAAACGCCAUUGCCUUGGAAAUUGCCUUCUCAAAAUUUGCACACGCAUCCGAUAUUAUUAAAACUUUGAUAAAGUGUUUAGCGCUUUACUAACUUCACGACAGACUAGUUUUGAAAAGUGUGAACUCGCCGUUCAUUUUUUAAUCAGCCGUGUUAUGUCGAUCUCCAUGUAUUCUCCCAUAGGGCGGGCCGCCUCCUGGAACCCUGAGUACCACGUGACUCGCGCCGAGCCGCUCUGUCGGCCAUGUUGUCGGCAAAACACGGGGUUCAAAGGAUUGCGCUACUCUGCUCCGUAGGAGCUAUAUAGUGCUCUAGGCGCACCCACAGUGGGCGCACCAGUCGGACUAUUUCCGCUAUUUCCGUCACUUCUACGCAUCGACUACGAGUGGAGCGAAGCUGGCGAAGCGCCAAGCGGACAAGCAGAGCGCCGCCAGCGUCAGCGUCAGGUGAACACACGUGUCAAGUCGCCGUAUGUCCGUCGUGUGAGAACUGCAGCGUUCAUCAUUUCCGACAUCACCGUGCUGUAUUUGACAAUGACAGAAAACCUCGACAGACCGAACGGCAGUGAGCUGGAUCUUGAAGCCAAGGUAAACUUGGUUUCUAGGAACCUGCAAGAAGUGCUUGGUGAUGCCCGAAUGAAUGAGAUCAUGAAGGAGCGAGACCUCAAGAUCUACUGGGGGACGGCCACCACCGGAAAACCACAUGUCGCCUACUUCGUCCCCAUGUCCAAGAUCGCAGAUUUUCUGAAGGCUGGAUGCGAGGUAACGAUUUUGUUUGCUGACUUGCACGCGUACUUGGAUAACAUGAAGGCGCCUUGGGACCUGCUGGAGUUGCGAGUACAAUACUACGAGCACGUCAUCAAAGCCAUGCUCACGUCCAUCGGCGUGCCGUUGGAGAAACUCCGCUUCGUAAAAGGAUCCAGCUAUCAGCUGGGCCGUGAGUUCUCUCUAGACGUGUACCGACUCGUAUCGAUGGUCACCGAGCACGACGCCAAGAAGGCCGGUGCCGAGGUGGUCAAGCAAGUCGAUCACCCGCUCCUCAGCAGCAUGCUCUACCCGUGCCUCCAAGCCUUGGACGAAGAAUACCUUCACGUAGACGCCCAGUUCGGCGGCGUCGACCAGCGGAAGAUCUUCACGUUCUCCGAAAAGUACCUGCCGCAGCUGGGCUAUGAGAAGCGCAUCCACCUGAUGAACCCUAUGGUUCCUGGGCUGUCUGGCGGCAAGAUGAGCUCGUCCGAGGAAGACUCCAAGAUCGACCUGCUCGACACGGCCGCGGCGGUGAAGAAGAAGCUCAAGAAGGCCUUCUGCGAGCCGGGCAACCUCGAAGACAACGGGGUGCUUGCCUUCGUCAAGCACGUGCUGGUGCCCUUGACUGGCACCCUGGUCAUCGAGAGGGACGAAGCCCACGGCGGCAACACGGUCUACGAAACGUACGACCAGCUCGAGGAGGACUUCCGAAACCUCAAGUUGCAUCCGGGAGACCUCAAGGCCAUGGUGGAGGUGCAGCUGAACCGGUUGCUUGACCCGAUCCGCGAGGUGUUCCAAGACCCGGCGCUGCAGAAGCUGGCCGCCGCGGCCUACCCGCCCGCGGGCAAAGUGGCCGUCGUCGAAGAGCUCUCUCCACGGCGGCUCGACCUGAGGGUUGGCCGCGUUGUUCAGGUGGACGAUCACCCGGACGCGGACGCGCUCUACGUCUCCCGCAUCGACUUGGCCGAGCCCGUGGGACUGCGCACCGUGGUGAGCGGUCUGCGCCAGCGGCUGCCCCGAGAAGCGCUACUCAACCAGAUGGUAGUCUUGCUCUGCAACCUCAAGCCCGCAAAGAUGCGGGGUGUCGAGUCGCAGGCGAUGGUACUCUGCGCGUCUCGGGACGACCAGGUUGAACUGCUCAAGCCUCCCAGCGGCAGCAAGGCCGGAGACCGUGUCUUUGUGGAAGGGUACGAGGGUGGCGAUCCGGAUGCCCAGCUGAAUCCCAAGAAGAAGGUGUGGGAGAAGCUCCAGGUGGACCUGAAGACGUCUGCCUCCCUGGUGGCAGAGUGGAGAGGCUGUCCCUUUGUCGUCGGCGGACAGCCGGUCACCUGUCCUUCGCUCAAGGGAGCCCCGAUCAAAUAGAAGCCUCCAAGGCCGACCAGUGCCUGCUCUCGCUGCAGACGAGCCAAGGAGGGGCUGCGCCACUUUGAUACUGGACGAAUAUGUUUAUAUACUCCACUUAUUUAUCUCGACGUGCGUGGUACUAUCCCGACUGGUGCACAAUUUUGCUACGGUUUAUUCCAAGUGAUAUUUAUAGAAACUGGGAGUGGGCCAGACCUCUGAACUGAACGUUUCGCAGCUGGAGCCUGCUUGCUGAAUUUUGUCCCCAAAAUGUGGCGAGGUUUGGUAAAAAGAAAUAUAUAUAUAUGUAUAGAGAUCGGAAAAUUCGGCGUAAUAUGGCCUUUGUAAGGAUUAAAGGUGCUUAUAUAUGUA